AUGGCUGAUAGGAGUCCUCUGUUUCUGCUGCUCAUCUUCUGGACACUCAGCACAGGUGUGUUUGUACCAGAAAAGACUGAUGUGUUCAGCAGCUCUGGAGAAACUGUUCAUCUGCCCUGUAGAAAUACUGUUCAGCACGGAAGACCAUCAGGAACUGACUGGAUCUAUUACAGCUACAGACGCACAAAGACAGUUGGACUGAUUAUUUUAGGGGUAAAGAAGAGAAACUCAGAGAGACUGAAUCUGGGCUCUGACUGCUCUCUGAUCAUCAGUAGAGUCACAACAGAAGAUGCUGGACUUUACACCUGCACUCAGUGGAAAGGAGUCCAACAACUAGGCACUGAUUCACUUGUGUAUCUGCAUGUUGUUGCUGUCUCUCCAUCAUCAUCAUCAUCUUCGUCUGAUAUUCGUCCGGGUCUCUCUCUGACUCUCUCCUGUCAUCUGUAUUCAGAUUCUGGACUCUCCUGUGAUUAUUUAUUCAUGUCUCAGCAUCUUCAUCUGUCCUGGUUGAAUGAGGCUGGUGUUAAUCUGAACACAGACUCCAGAUAUCAGAUCUCUUCUACAGGCUGUAUCAUCAGUCUGUCUACAACACUCAUCAGUGAAGAUGAAGAUAAACAGUGGAGAUGUGGAGUCUAUCAGAGAAAUGAACUGAAGGCCUCAGACACGUUUACUGUCCAGUAUUCAGCUAAAGCUAAAACAGCUCCAGCAGUGAGUCCAGUUCCCAACACAAACUCUGAAGAUCCACAAAGUCCAAACCCUGCAGGAGCUUCUAGAGCAGCUAAAGCUGAAGCAGAGACAUUUUGUGUGAUGAAACAGCAGUGACUCCAGCGCUCUUCACAACACCAGCAGGAGCUUCAGCUCAUUCUACACACACCUCUGCUGUUCUCAUCUACACUUCACACUCAUAUUACAGUUUUGAAAAGCUGACAGAUCAUUUACAGUGAUAUGAUAUUUUAAACCAGUAUAAUGAUGGCCGUGGUCAGGAUUUGCUAAUUAGAGAGGUCUGGGUUUUUAUUUUUGUGUUGUUUUUAAUUGUGUCAUAUAUUUAGUAUGUAGAUAUUUCGCUAUGAUGAUUUGUGUUCA